AUCGUCACUAGAUAACAUCUGCUCUAUAAUUUUGCCUGCAAUAUUUUGUCGGUUUUCCUUAUCUAUUGAUUGCGGAAGAAGAUUUUUAUACGGGCUCAGUUACAAAAAACAGUCGCAAUGCAAGGUUUAAGUAUCCAGAGUUUGAAGAAGCACAAGGCUUUGAUCCCGCUGUACGUGUGCACGGCGCUCGGAUGCGGUGGCGCGGUAUUCUACCUGGCGCGCCUGGCCCUGCGCUCCCCCGACGUGUCGUGGAACAAGAAAACCAACCCCGAGCCCUGGCAGGAGUACCACAACAAGCAGUACAAGUUCUACUCGCCAAACAUUGACCCUACUAAGGAAGGACAAUCACCAGCUCCUAAAUUCUAAUUCAAUUAGUUAUUAUAUCAGUGCUACAGUCUAGAUGUUAUGUUUAUCAAAUAGAUAUUAUGUGAUAACUUAAAAUACAGUUUUUUUUAAAUGCAAGUACCCUUUAUUGUUUCUUUGUAUUGUGUCCC